UAACUAGCAAAAGCAUUCACUUCGAUACAAUUUCUACUCGUGUUUUUUUUUUGUUUUCGUACUCGCUUUUUAUUUUCUUUUUUAAUAUUUUGCAAAAACAUGGAGCAAACGAACAAUGUAAAGUUGCUUAUCGAGAAGUUCGAGAGCAUGAGCAUGAGCAUGCGAAAAAUUCCCAUCGCGGACGCUCCACAGGAUUGGCAUCUGAGCGGAAACAGUGGACGAGUGGCCGAGACAGUUGCCAAAUUUGAGCACAAUAUCUAUCCAUUUUCGAUGCACACAAUUGCCAGCAAAUCGCGCUGGGAUCAGAGCACACGACGCUGGAUUCGUGUGCUGAAGGAGAAGAUGCUGCUGCAUGUGCGUGAGAAGCUGGAGACGCGUGAUAUGAUGCCGGAGGAGAAAGAGGAUGAGGAGGAGGACGAGAAGGAAGAGAAUCUAGAUAAACUCCUUGAUCAUGUGAUGGAGCAGGAUCCGCAACUGGACCUUAUCUCAUGCUUGGACAGCGAUGAGCAGCUGCCAACACUGAAAGACAUCAACUCUAGUGCCUGCAAUAUUUCCACUGAUGCCAGCUUCACUGAUAUAACUCUCGGUAACAAGAAGUUGCGUUCCAUUGAAAGCUGCACUUGGUAAUCUUCGCAAAUUGUCACUGGGAUUCUUUAAAAUGAACCAAUCGAAAUUUAACGCAUAAAAUGGCCGCCACGAUUUUUAAUUUUAUAUACCUUUGGCAUCAUCGUGUACAAAUUUAAGUAUUUAUAUAUGGUAUGUGCCAAAUGCAUCGCUCUCUAGAGAAACAACA